AUGUUGUUCAACCCCUUCUCAUUGUGCUACGGCAGAUUGGAAAAGGAUGAAGCGACGUGUUUCAGCAAGAUGGAAAGUGAUAUUCAACGAUUUGCCAGUAAAAACGACAUGCGCAUUUACAGAAAAGGAACCGUUGCAAACGGCAGUCAUGAACACUUGAAAGGGCAUGCUAAAUUCAUAGGUUCAGUAAAUAUAACUAAAUUGGACCAUGAUUUGAAAUUUGAUAGUCAGAAGACUAAAUGCAGUAGGAAAUUUGAUGAAAAUGAAACUAGAAUGAUUAGGUCCGAUAAGAUUGUGGAUGGGAAGGUUUACCAAAGAAUUUCUAAUAUACCUCCCAUUGUAAUCCCAAAGGAUGUAAUUGGUUCUAACUUGAAUGACAUGAAUAAAAUUAUUGAUAAGCUCAUAGAGUUAGAGUGUCUAAUGAAAAAUAUUCUCAAUAAAUUUGAAAAGGUAGAUUCGGUAGAGUCAGCUAAGGUUGUAAGUGAACUUGAUGUUGAAAAGAUUGUCAAAAACAAAAUACAACAAAUUCUUAGUGCUUCAUCUAGAUCACUGAACUCUUCUAUUUCCAAAUUGUCAUCUCAUUCAAAUAUCACAGAAGUAAAUGGUGAAAAUAACUUAUCUGUCUCAUCCAAUAAUGCAGAAAAUGAUUGUGAUAUGCCACGGUGGAACAAAAUUGAAGAUGAGACAAGUGAUGAAAUUAAGGAGGUAGGGGUAAUUGAGGUUGACCAUAGUGAAUUGAAUCUAAUUGAAGGUUCAAAUGGUACUAAUAGUGAAGUUCUGCGUAAAGAAACACCUUGUCUCCGUUCUGAACAGUUUAAAUGCAAGUAUAUUGACCAAUUGCUGAGUAAUGUUAAUAGCAACCUUAUUAAUUGCAUAGAAGACACUGACAAUAGUUAUUACAUUGAUAGUAGGAAGGUGGAGUUGGAUAGUUUACGCGACUGGGCUUGUAAAUCAACUAGUAUUGAAGAUUUAGGCAUUGAUAAUAUUUACAGUCUUGAUGAAUCACAUCAGUUGCUCACUUCUAAUGUAAUUGGAGAAAUUGCCCAGGCGCAGGAACUGGCACUUGGUGAGUCAAACUAUGAACUAACCAAUAUUGGCAUUAGGGAAAUCGAGGAUAAAAAUGAUCAAGAACUCGCACUGAAUGAAGUAAACUCAGGCAUAAGAUGUAGAUCCAAGUCAAUGCCUUCAAUUGAUUUUAGUGAUGAACUCGUGGUCUCAAUGGCUUCCUUUUCCAGCAUUUCCAAAUUGGAAUCCCUUUCCAUCGAAUCAAACAUGUCAGUUUACACUAGCUAA